UGCGCGCGGGCCCCGCCUAGGGGCGCCGGGCCGGGGCGGGCCGGGGGAGCCAAGAUGGAAGAGACCCUGCGUAAGCUGCACAAGGAGGCGUCGGGCAACAAGCACAAAGCCAUCAAGGAGAGCUGCGCCUGGGCUGUGGAAACAUUGGAAUCUCCUGAUGCCAUUACCAAAAUCCCUCCAUACCAGUUGAGGGAGAAAUGCCUCCUUCCACUCCAGCUUGCGUUGGAAUCAAAGAACAUGAAGUUAGCCCAACAUGCCCUAGCAGGGAUGCAGAAGCUGCUGUCUGAUGACAGAUUUGUAUCCGUGGAAACAGACGCAGAUGAGAAGCAGUUGCUUAAUCAGAUGCUGAAUGCUGUCAAAGUGACUCCUUCACUCAACGAGGACCUGCAGGUAGAAGUGAUGAAGGUUUUGCUCUGCAUAACAUACACCUCUACCUUUGAGCUGAAUGGAAGUUCAGUACUGAAGAUUGCUGAGGUUUGCAUUGAAACAUAUGUGUCUAGCUGUCACCAGCGGAGUAUUAACACUGCUGUGCGCGCAACCCUCAGCCAAAUGUUGAGUGACCUGACUUUACAGCUCCGGCAAAAGCAAGAGAACACACAGGUAACUGAAAAUCACGAAGUUCUGCAGGAGUUCAGGAGUCAAGGUUCUACAGUAGAGUCCCUUUGUGAUGAUGUUGUGUCAGUCCUCACUGUGCUCUGUGAGAAACUCCAAGCUGUCAUAAAUGAGAAUCAGCAACUGCAGCUUCUGUACCUUGAAUGCAUUCUCUCCAUGUUAAAUAGUUCAUCUCCCAGCAUGCACCACCACAAAGGAUUUACUGACCUCAUUUGGAAGCAACUAUGUCCAGCCCUCAUAGUAAUACUGGGUAAUCCAGUCCAUGACAAAACAAUUACUUCUGCUCACAGUAGCAUCAGUCUUGAGACUGAUUCACCUUCCUCUGGGGUCUCAGAUCAUGGCCGGGGGUCCGGUUGCUCUUCCACAGCCCCUGCCCUCAGUGGACCUGUUGCCCGGACCAUUUACUACAUUGCAGCAGAGCUGGUUCGACUGGUAGGGUCAGUAGAAUCCAUGAAACCUGUGCUACAGUCUCUUUAUCACCGUAUGUUACUUUAUCCUCCACCCCAGCACCGUGUGGAAGCCAUUAAGAUCAUGAAAGAGAUAGUAGGUAGUCCUCGGCGCCUCUGCGAUUUAGCAGGGCCCUGCUCUUCUGAGCCAGACUCCAGAAAGCGAUCCAUCUCAAAAAGGAAGUCGCAUCUGGAUCUUCUUAAACUGAUCAUGGAUGGGAUGACUGAAGCUUGCAUUAAAGGAGGUAUUGAAGCAUGUUAUGCCUCUGUGUCUUGUGUCUGUGCCUUCCUUGGAGCAUUAGAUGAACUAAGCCAAGGGAAAGGCCUUAAUGAGGAGCAAGUCCACUUACUGCUUCGGCGCCUGGAAGAACUGAGGGAUGGAACUGAGACAAGCCGUGACUCCAUGGAAAUCAACGAUGCUGACUUUAGGUGGCAAAGACGCAUUCUGUCAUCAGAACACACACCCUGGGAAUCGGGAAAUGAGAAAAGCCCUGAUAUCAGCAUUAGUGUUACCACAGAUACUGGUCAGACUACUUUGGAGGGGGAUAUGGGGCAGACAACGCCAGAGGAUAAUCCUGAAAGCCAAAAAAUCUUGCUGCAGUCUCCAGCUGGACAAGAAAGCAAAGAGAUUCAGUAUAAAGAGCCAGAGUCAGAAACAGUUGACCAGCCAGACGUUGUUCAAAGGAGCCACACCAUAGUUUACCCAGAUAUAACUAAUUUCCUUUCAGUUGACUGCAGAACACGGUCCUAUGGAUCUAGGUAUAGUGAAAGUAACUUCAGCAUUGAUGACCAGGACCUUUCUAGGACUGAAUUUGACUCAUGUGAUCAAUACUCCAUGGCAGCAGAGAAAGACUCUGGGAGGUCAGAUGUCUCAGAUAUAGGCUCGGACAACUGUUCCCUGGCUGAUGAAGAGCAGACCCCAAGGGACUGUCCAGGUCAUAGGUCCUUGCGUACUGCUGCCCUCUCUCUAAAACUACUGAAGACUCAGGAAGCAGACCAGCACAGUGCCCGAUUGUUCAUACAGUCCCUUGAAACCCUUCUUCCUCGGCUUAUCACUCUGCCUAGUGUAGAGGAGGUGGAUUCUGCACUCCAGAACUUCUCUUCAACAUUUUGCUCAGGUAUGAUGCAUUCACCAGGACUUGAGGGGAACCCCAGCUUCAGCUUCCAGACGCUUAUGAAUGCAGACAGCCUCUACAUGGUCUCACACUACAUUUUGCUGCUCAACCUGAAACUGUCCAACUCUGAUUACUACAGGAAGAAACCUGCCCAACCAUCUGUGCCACUGAAGGAGUUCAUGAAGCAGGUCCAGUCCAGUGGUGUGCUGAUCGUGUUUUCUCAGGCUUGGGUUGAGGAACUCUACCAUCAGGUAUUGGAAAGGAACAUGCUGGGAGAGGCUGGAUACUGGGGAAGACCUGAAGAGAACAGCCUUCCACUCAUCACUAUGUUGACUGACAUUGAUGGCUUGGGAAGCAGUGCCAUUGGAGGACAACUGAUGGCGUCUGCAUCAACACAAUCCCCUCUCUCACAGAUCCGGAAGACGGAUGAUUCUGUUGUGGCAGGUGUUGCUUUUUCUCGAUACCUUCUAACUGGUUGCUGGAAAAACUUAAUUGACACCUUAUCCACACCUUUGACUGGUCGUAUGGCAGGAAGCUCCAAAGGGUUAGCAUUCAUCCUGGGAGCUGAGGGGGCCAAGGAGCAGACCCAGAAAGAGAGAGACUCUAUUUGCAUGAGCCUGGAUGGCCUGAGGAAGGCAGCACGACUGAGCUGUGCCCUAGGGGUUGCUGCUAACUGUGCAUCUGCCCUUGCCCAAAUGGCUGCUGCUUCCUGUGUCCAAGAAGACAAGGAGGAAAAAGAAACCCAAGAGCCAAGUGAUGCUAUAACUCAAGUGAAACAGAAAGUGGAGCAAAAAUUGGAGCAGAUGGGGAAAGUUCAGGGAGUCUGCCUGCAUACUGCACAUGUUUUGUGCAUGGAUGCCAUCCUUAAUGUGGGACUGGAGAUGGGAAGUCACAAUCAAGACUGUUGGCCUCAUUUGUUCAGGGUGUGUGAAUACAUCAGCACUCUGGAGCACACACAUUUCAGGGAUGCCACAUCCCAGCCCCCUUUUACUAUAACCCAAUCCCAGCAUGCCACAGGAGGGCUACAGCCAGAUUAUCAGUCUGCAAGUUCUUCCCAGGACCUGACACCUGAGCAGGAGACUACCCUCAGCAACAACCCCAUCAUCCAGCCUGUCUCCAUCCAGGAACUCAUCAAGGAGCGUAGCAAGGGCAGACCUUUUGAUUUCCGUGGUGGCAGCCUGCUGAGUGGAAGCAGUGCUGCCAAGGCUGUCCUCACCCUUUCCACACAAGCUGACAGGCUAUUUGAAGAUGCUGCUGACAAGCUAAAUCUUAUGGCACUGGGAGGCUUCCUUUACCAGCUCAAGAAAGCUUCUCAGUCCCAGCUCUUCCACUUAGUCACAGACACGGUUGAUUACUCCUUAGCAAUGCCAGGUGAAGUAAAGUCUACCCAAGACAGGAGAAGUGCACUCCACUUGUUCCGACUUGGGGACACCAUGCUUAGGAUUGUACGGAGUAAAUCCCGCCCACUGCUCCACUUCAUGCGCUGCUGGAGCAUAGUGGCACCUCAUCUGGUAGAGGCUGCCUGCCAUAAGGAGAGACAUGUUUCUCGGAAGGCUGUGUCCUUUAUCCAUGACAUCCUCACCGAGGUGCUGACGGACUGGAAUGAGCCCCCUCAUUUUCACUUUAAUGAAGCACUGUUCCGGCCCUUUGAGCACAUCAUGCAGCUGGAGCUGUGUGAUGAGGAUGUCCAGGACCAGGUGAUCACAUCUAUAGGGGAAUUGGUGGAGAUGUGUUCCACUCAGAUCCAGUCAGGAUGGAGGCCCUUGUUCAGUGCCCUGGAAACAGUGCAUAGUAGUAGCAAGUCAGAAGUGAAAGAUUACCUUGUUGGAGAAUAUUCUAUGGGAAAGCGUCAGGCACCUGUCUUUGAUGUCUUUGAAGCAUUUCUCAACACAGACAACAUCCAGGUCUUUGCCAAUGCCGCCACGAGUUACAUUAUGUGCCUUAUGAAGUUUGUUAAAGGACUGGAGAAUGCUGUCGUAUUUUUUCAUGAGGGGGAAGUGGACUGUAAAGAGAUUGGCGAUUGCAUGCCAGGAUCAGGAUCCAUGUCUACAGACUUGUGCCUUCCUGCUCUUGAUUACCUCAGGAGAUGUUCUCAGUUGCUAGCCAAAAUCUAUAAAAUGCCCUUGAAGCCAAUUUUCCUCAGUGGCCGGCUGGCUAACUUGCCCCGAAGGGUCCAGGAGCGAUCAGCCAGCAGUGAGGAUGGCAUUGAGUGUGUCAUUUCUGACUUUGAUGAUGACACUGGCCUCAUUAAUGUCUGGAUCAUUCUGCUGGAGGAGUUAACAACUGCCAUAUCCAACUGUCCCCGUCAGCACCAGCCUCCCACCCUGGACUUACUCUUUGAGUUGCUGAGAGAUGUUACCAAAAUACCUGGCCCAGGAUUUGGUAUCUAUGCAGUUGUAAAUCUUCUUCUCCCAACAAUGUCUCUCUGGCUCCAUCGUAGCCAUGGUGACCAUUCAUACUGGGACGUGGCAUCUGCUAAUUUCAAGCAUGCAAUUGGUCUUUCCUGUGAACUAGUAGUGGAGCACAUCCAAAGCUUUAUACAUUCAGACAUUGGCUAUGAGAAUAUGAUCAACACAAUGCUAAAAGACCUUUUCAAGUUGUUGGUAGCAUGUGUAGCAGAGCCUACAGAAACAAUCUCAAGAGUUGGCUGUUCCUGUAUCAGGUACGUCCUGGUAACAGCAGGUCCUGUUUUUACUGAAGAGAUGUGGAGACUGGCCUGCUGUGCCUUGCAGGAUGCAUUUUCUGCCACUCUUGAGCCAGUGAAGAACUUGCUGGGCUAUUUCCACAGUGGAUCUGAAAGCUUUAGUGGAGAUGCUUGUGAAGUGAAGGUAGCAGCACCCUCUCUCUCACCCAGUGCUGAAGCUGAAUAUUGGAGAAUCCGAGCCAUGGCACAACAGGUUUUCAUGCUAGACACCCAAUGCUCACCAAAGACGCCCAAUAAUAAGGAGGGAUUUGAACAUGCUCAGUCCUGCGUGCUUAUUAUUGAACUGCCUCCUGACAAGAAACCAAAUGGUCAUACACAGAAAAGGAAGCUGGGUAUUCCUUUCAGGACCAUAGUGGUGAGUCUGUUGUCCCAUCAAGUACUCCUCCAAAAUUUGUAUGAUAUCUUGUUGGAAGAAUUUGUGAAAGGGCCCUCUCACAUGGAGGAGAAGACCAUACAAGUACCAGAAAACAAACUGGCUGGCUUUCUUAGGUACAUUUCUAUGCAGAAUUUGGCUGCCAUCUUUGACUUACUGUUGGAUUCCUAUCGAACAGCCAGAGAGUUUGACACCAGGCCUGGUUUGAAGUGCUUGCUGAAAAAAGUGUCUGGCAUAAGUGGGGCAGCCAACUUGUACCGCCAGUCAGCAAUGAGUUUCAACAUUUAUUUCCAUGCUUUGGUGUGUGCUAUUCUGACAAACCAAGAGAACAUCACCGCAGACCAAGUGAAGAAGAUCCUUUUUGAGGAUGACGAAAGAAGCACGGAUUCCUCCCAGCAGUGCUCAUCAGAGGAUGAAGACAUUUUUGAAGAAACUGCCCAAGUCAGCCCGCCACGGGGGAAAGAGAAAAGGCAGUGGAGAGCUCGAAUUCCAUCUUUGAGUGUCCAGCCAGUCAGCAAUGCAGACUGGGGUUGGCUAAUCAAAAGGCUUCACAAACUAUGCAUGGAAUUGUGCAACAACUAUAUCCAAAUGCACCUGGACUUAGAGAAUACUAUGGAGGAGCCUCCACUUUUCAAAGGUGACCCUUUUUUCAUCCUACCAUCCUUUCAAUCAGAAACCUCCACCCCAUCAACUGGAGGGCUGUCUGGGAGGGACACACCCUCAGAAGAUGACAGAAGUCAAAUUAGAGACUAUCUGGCAGACAGUCUGACUCCCAAGGGAGGGAGUGGAGAAAUGCUGCUGCUACCAUCCCCCUUGAGCCCUAAGAUGGAAAAAAAGGAUCAAGCCAGGAAAAAAGAAUGGUGGGAGAAUGCUGGCAACAAAAUCUAUACCAUCGCUGCUGACAAGACUAUCUCCAAACUCAUGACAGAGUAUAAGAAAAGAAAGCAGCAACAUAACCUGACCAGUUUCGUCAAAGAUGUCAAAGUGGAAAAGAAAGGGGAGCUGCUGGGCUCAAGAGGGCAAGAUUCACCUCUUCCCCAGCGACCACAGCAUCUUGUAGACCAGGGCCAAAUGAGGCAUUCCUUCAGUGCUGGCCCAGAGAUCCUGAGGCAGGAGAAGAGACCACGUUCGGGGUCUACUGUCAGCUCCCUGAAUAUAUCUGUUCGAGAUGCUGAGGCACAAAUACAGGCCUGGACUAACAUGGUACUGACUGUUCUCAACCAGAUCCAGGCCCUGCCAGACCAAACAUUCACAGCCCUCCAACCAGCAGUAUUCCCCUGCAUCAGUCAGCUGACAUGCCACGUGACUGACAUCCGCGUCCGUCAGGCUGUGAGAGAAUGGCUGGGAAGAGUCGGUCGGGUCUAUGAUAUCAUUGUCUAAAAGAUAUACACACUCCUUUAGCAAGGGAGAAGAAAUCAAAAGGUACACAGAAAAAAAUGCAGUUACUGAAGGUUAUAUUUGAAAUGUGUAACCAGUAAGGAGCUAUACAUUCACCUGCCUACCUUGAUUAAAUUCUGAAACAGUGAGCUCCUCAGCAUAUUCUCUGCCCAUUUCAGAUUAUAUGUCUCACACCAGCAAAGGAAAUGAUGUCAAGGGGUUAAUCUGACAACUGCUAGUAAAUCAGGCUGGUACAUAAAGGCUCAGUAAAUUUCACAGUGGGCAUUUUCAGUCUUGAAACUGCAGAUUAUAUGUGAAUCUGCUCUGCAGUGCAGAGAGAGUCCAAAUCAUUUUGAAUAAGAUUAGGAUGAAAGUGAUCAUGUUCAUAACAAAAAUUCUUUUGGAAGAUGAUUAUAAAUCCCAAGAUGCAGGCACAAAAUUCUCAGUAUGGCAGUAACUGAUCUCCAUUUCUGAACAUGUGAUAGUGAGGGCUCCUCUGAUUACAAGUCUUGAAACUGCACCUACAGUUAUCUGUGCUCACAACUCUCACUUAAGCACAGUCAGUCCUGUGACUGUGCUUGAAAAAACAGUUAUGCAGACAGCUGUGUUGCCUAAGUCACAGAUGCAGAUCAUAGAAGAACAGAAAGGAAAACAUUGAGGAAUGAAGUUAGUCAUCUUUGGCUAUUUGCUUAAGGAAAUCUUUUGGGGCUUUUUUCCCCCUUAUGAAGCUAACACACACCAGGGUAGAAAAAUCUAACUAAAGAUUAUUACAUAUAAAAACAUGUUUGAUCCUACUGCUAAGUAAAACCUAAAAAGCUAUAGAAUCAACUAAGGUCUGCAAUCUGGAGUGUAGCAUAGCUGCUUUGCUCAACAACAUCAGAAAAUCUUAGCUAUGGAAUGGAUAAACUCAAACCCCAACCCAGGAGGUCUGCCCCUAUAUUAUAGAAGCCUUCAAAGGCCUAAAGUUGAUAUCACAGAACCUAUGCUGCCUGCUUUUUGUUGCCAGCACAUAGAGCAUGGUUUCAAAGGCAGCAUUGUGGUCCUAAUCCCUAGCUGACAUAUCAACAGCUUAUAUACACAACAGAACCCUCUCCUCUCUACCACAAAAUGGAUUGCUCUUGCAUUCCUUCCAUGUCCAUCUGCUAAGGGAAAUAAAUUGUUCUUCCUGUGAAGCUAGUGGGAAAUAUACACCCGUGAGCCACAGUGCAGACUGAAAGAAGGGUUGUGACAUCACCAAGUACUUAACCAAGUAUACUCUACACAUCAGAGAGCCCUCCAAAUUGCAUUAGUGUUUAUGUUUGUACUUAAGAAAGACACGGGGAUAUAACUAUUAUGGCUGCUGACAGACAUGAAGUGGCGGGGGAGAACGCUUUACUGGAAGAGGCAGCGCAUUAGUUCGACCUAUAUCUUCAGCAUCAGUAUAGAUUGGUAACUUCAGCGGGGUUUUGGGGCACUUUUAUGUAAUGGCUAAUUCAAUUAGCUUCUAGAUAAAAGCACCAAAAAAGCCCCACUAAAGUGCCCAAUCUACACAGACCGUGAGUGAGCCAGGUCCAACUAACGCACUGCCUCUUCUGAGCAGGUGCUGGGCUCAGCAUGGGGGUGCACCAAGCUCAAAGUAAAGCAUUUGUUUGUGUUUUUUCUACAUCUGUAGGCAGCCUAUAUGCCUGCUGGAGCCCUGGGGACUGCCAUUAUUCACUACUGAAUUUAUCCCAUUACCAGUUCUCCAUGAUCAGUAGAGUCAAAGUAGAUAAGAUGUGGUAGUGGUACUCCUCAGUUGGCCAGUGAUCUCUUGUCUUGGACAGAGUCCACUUUUAGUUUUCUCAGCCCCUGCCUCUUUGUGCAAUGUCUACAAAUGGUGUGUGUGUGGAUGUUAGUGUAACACAAAAAGAAAAUCUUCCUUAUAAAAAGUGAAACUUGGCCAACAGCCGGACCCCAAUUCUACAAGGAACAACAUGAGGGCAAAACACCAUUUCAGUUUAAGAGAUUUCAGGCAGCUGCAGAGUCCUUUGCAGGACUAGGACCUAAGCUUCUGAUAGUCAAGUAUUUUGGAUUACUCCAGGAAAUCCUGGGGAGGAGGGAAGGGCUGCAGAUUAAAACAGCCAAUAUCCUCCCUGUAGUUUUGAACAUACAGCUGAUGCAUGUGCAUAGUAAUGCAUAGAGAAAUGUCCUCUGGAUACAUGAAAUGCACUGCAUCCCUCCUGACAGGGGGCAUCAUUUUGUUGCUUAGGAUCAUACUUCUGGUUGACCUUCUGGUGUACUUAAUCUUUUAACAACUGUACACAGAAACUAAAUGUACAUUUCCAUCUUAAGCCCCGUUUUCCCAAGAGUUUGCACCCUUUUCCAUCAGGUACAACUUUGGCUCUCUUCUUGAAUUGCAUAAAAGUACAUGUUGUCCCCUUUCUAAAAGCAUAUCUGUCCUCUCCACGCAAGUUAACUGGAUCUAGCCAAUGUACAUUCUAAGCCCUACAUCUGAAAAUUUACCUGAGACUAUAAUUGGUCAAGUAUGGUUUGUGAUAUCCACCUUUGUAUCCAGUCUAGUUCAUUUGUUUGUUUGUUUUUUUCCCUUAAACUACCAACAUCUUUGGAAAUUAAAGCCAAAAGUGUUUGAUGGAAGAAUGUCAGCAUUCAGCUUCAAAUCAACAAAAGAACUUGGAGUCACUUCCAAGACUAGCUUUUAGUUCAGUAGAGAAUCCUUCUUGAGACUCUUACUUGCAAAACGUUCUCCACAAUCAUUUAUCGGUCAGAACUGGCUGCAGUACACGGGGGCAGCGUCAGCAUUCAUAUGGAUGAAGUCUGACUGCCAGAUUCUUUCCUGUGAACUGGCUCCUUUUCACUGUUCAGACCUGUUAUAUGGCCAGAGUUGAGCAUUCUGCGAUACAGUGAAAAGACCUCAGCUGGCAUUAAACCAGCAAUGCUGACAUUUUACCCCAAAUGUUAUUCCUUCUGUGGGACUAAGGCACUUAACUGUCUGUUGGUUUGUGUUCCCUAGAAUUCUUUAGUUACACUCGCCAGAUAAAUGCAAAAAACCAGGGAGCUGUAACCAGCCGCCCUCAUAGCCACCCAAUCAUCCCCCAGAGCUGUUUUGUGUGUGAUAAUUGUUGAGCUGUCAACCACAACAAAUCUAUCAAAUCUGAACAAAAAUCUUGAAAGUUUCCCUAAACCUGAAUCGCUACACUUCAGUAACUUCAAAUGCUCCAUUUCUUUUUCAACUUGAUAGCUAUUUUUUUACAAGAAAUUCAGUUAAUUACUGAAAUUAUAAAAAGCAUUUUGACCCAACAAAUACAUCAGUGGUUUCACGGGGGGGGGUUUCCUCCUGAAACCAGGAGAUUCAUUGAUACCUUCUCCUGCCAACAGGACACAUUGGUGUUUUGUUUUUGUUUUUUUUUUAAAGAAGAUUUAAAUAAAAAUAAAGUCCUAGCCAGUUCUAAUUUUCUACUUGGUACAUACAGCCUUUGGGUAGCUUGGCCUUUGUUGUAGCAUUAUCUUCACUGUGGUUCACUCAUAUUUAAGUAACCGUAUAAGGCUAUUUAUUGAGCGUUGUUAUCACUGCCUUUACUUCUGAAUAUAGUAAGAGUAGUCUGUAGCCCACUUUUGUUAUGUGCGGACUACCACAGUCUCUUCCUCUUUUCUUACAAAAUGUACAUUGGCCAAAUUUCAGUCUCUGUGACACUGUGUUGAAUUGGGAGUUACUGAACGAAUUUAAAACCGAAGUAAGUUUCAGGGGUGCUGUUUGUAUAAAGCUGGAUGCAGAAUCAGAUCCAGUAUGCUGGGACAUACUAUAUUACAUUGAUAAUUUCUGAGAGAGCAUAAUGUGUAAGAUUUGUGUUAGUAGCUGACACUGGCCAGAUGUGACCCAACUUCCUCAUCCACCCUCACUCACAGCUACUUGUUGCAAAUGCUACUUCUGCACCUUUUAGUAGCAAUUGCUCAGGUCAUGGAUAACCAACCAUGUAUUUUAAGCUGCUUUUUUGUUUAAGUGACCACAUUAAGUGCCCACUAUUACCAUCAGUGCCUCUACUCCCCAGCUCCCCUUGGGAGAUAGUCAUAGGAAAUAAGCAAAGUUGUGUUAAGAGUAUUACUGGUAUAUUUUAAAUUAAUAAAUCAGGAAAUGGUCAUCAUGCAAAGAAUUGUUAAAUAGAAAAAGCACUUAGUAGUCCAUGGGGAUAUUUAAUGACAGGACAUUAACAGGACACUAGGCUGCCAGAACGCUCUGUGUUUUUUGUUGGGUUAUUUUUGCUUUGUAAAGUUUAUAAAAUAACAAGGAAGAAGAAAAGAAAACUUCUGAUAAUUUAAGUCUAUUAACUGUGUAGAAAAAAAAAUUGAGAAAAAAAUACAAAUGCAGCAGGCCCACUACUGCUGAUCUGGUAACUUAAGGCACGCUUUUAGUGAGUAGAAACAGCCUCUUGACAGUAGCUUCUGCAAAGACUACCUCCCCUGCCAGUGAUGAGCUCUCCCCCAGGUUUGUUCCAAGUUCACUGCCAUGGGGGCAUGUUGGGGCCUAUUUGAUUGCACUAUACUAGCUGUUUUCUGCUUGUUGUGUCCUGAAAAGGAAGAGAUACUGAGAGCAGUAUUUGAAGUGAAGUGAUUUACAUUAGAAAGUGAAUAAGCCAUUGCACAGCCUAAGAUGGUGACUGUGGCUUUAGAGGCAUCUUUCACACCAUCCCUACCAUUAUCCCUUCCCCAAAGUCAGGCAGGAGUUAACUGAGAUUUAGGCCUUGUGUUCCUUUCUUCCCUAAUUCCAGGUCUCUGAGAUAUCAUAGUUUGAGGAGUUUGCCUUUUCUCAGUGUAGGGAGUGUCUGUGAUGAUUAUUUAUUUGUACUACAUAACACCCCCUGGUCCUGGAUCAGGACUUCAUCCAUGUUAGUACAUUGUCCCAAUAAAAAGUCCUCUAAUUACCAAAGUUAAAUGCAAAGAAUAUUCCUUUUGAAAAUAAUAUUUCAGCUGAUUUUUUUUUUUGAUUUUUUUUUACUUUGGGUUGUUGCAGAUGCAUCACAUUAUAAUCAAAGGAUUCGAGAAACAGUUCAAGGUUAUUGUGCAUCUUUUGCCAGAUCUUUCUGUUAGAGCAGUUUCAUUAUUUCCCCUCUUGUCUUCUGUGGCUGUUUCACAAAGCAGCAGAGGAGGUAGCAAAGCAUUUUUUUUAAAUACGAAAAUGUGACUGUAAAUCUUCAAAAACUAGCCACUGGGAUGCAGGGCCAGUGGAGUACUAGAAACUCCUCUUGGUUAAUUUGACUAGGUUUCAGUUGAGGAAAGUUACAGAAAAGUCAUGUGGAAAAUGCCUUAAGGUCCUUCAGUAUUAAUCCAGUUGGAAUACUAAAACAAGAUGCUGGUGGGUGUGGUACCACCUCCUUUGAUAGAGGAGAUUACUGGAUUUCCAAACAAUAAAUAUUCCUUUCAACGCACAAGAGAGCACUCCCUAACAUAAAUCAUUAAAGCCCUUGUUGCAAGCUCUGGUAGCAUAACACAAGAUCAAGGCAGCAUAUUGCAGUUUCAGCAUUAAUUGGAGAAAUCAUUAGAGCCUUGAAAAAUCAGUCUGGCUUACAGUGCAUUACCAAGAGCCUGAGUUUGCUUACAGGUCCUCAUUGCUUUGGGUUAAGAACUGGAUUCUUCAUCUCACUUGCUUCUGUGUUCCUUAUUUCCAUUGUUUUUUGUGUGUGUGUGUGUGUGUGUGUGUUGGAUUUGGGGGAGUUUGGGUUUUUUGUUUUGUUUCGUUUUUCUUAAAGAACUGAAGACAGUGAAUGUACAAGUUCUGUCAACUUCUGAACUCUUUGUAAAUACCUCCUUUGCAGUAUGUUAUGAGAUUUUUUCCCCCCUUCUUUCUGUCAGUGAAGAAACUGAUCCUUUACUCUGAUAGGAUGACAUGAAUCUGUUUUGUUCUUUUUCCCGUUUUGAAAACUCUUUUGAAUUUUGCAUAUGUAGUAUUUAUUGGGCUCUCCUGUCAAGGUGGACCUUAAGGGAAUAUUUUAAGUGUUGCAUGGCAGUCCUGGAUAUUGUUUGUAGAACUAUCUAGUCACUUUUGACAUGUGCCCCUCUAUUUAAUAGACAAGAUCAUAGGCUCCCCUCAUUUUUUCUGACCCUCCAGCUCGAGUGAAGCCAAUUUCAGCUUGCAAAUGCAGCCUUUUGUUUGAUUUUGCUUCGUCGUUUGGUUUGCAUGUUGCAUUUUUUUAAACUAAUAAAAUAAAGCCAUGUAUUGUAAAAAACGUACACACCAUAACCUGAUUGACAGAGCAUCAACAUUUAUAAUCUGAGCUACAUCUAAUGCUUAUUUUAUUAUAUGCUGUUUCUAAGACUAGAAAGACUUGCAAAUUCUCUUUCUCACCAGAAAUUCCUAUGAUAAGGUGUGGUUAUUUAUGCAUUAUUUGUGUAAAUCCCUUCUAAUAGCAUAUUCAUUAACCAGAAUGAUUGCUAGGAAUGAGAUUUAAUGCAAUGUAUUUCAGUGGCUCUUAAUGAUGGAUAAAUGGUCCCAAAAGCACCCAGCAUGAAUUACAUGGAUUGGAAUGCUUAGGUACUAAUAAAAUACAACUAAUAAUAAUAUUUAUCACCUGCAAGCAAAUUCACAGGUUUCAUACAGGUAGGUAUUUCCAGCUGUGCUACCUGCAUCUUUUUUGCUUCACCUCUCUUUCAGGGUGGUUAACAAAGAAGUCAGACCUAAUCUAAUUAGGUUUUUUCAGACACCGCUUAUACGAGAUGAUUGCUGCGGGCCAGGACUCAGUCACCUUCCACACAUCAAGCAGUACUUUACUCACCAAAUUUCUGGUAGAAAUAAAUGAAAUGCUGGCAGAAUAAGGUGCUACUCAGCCUGAGUAAGGGUAUUGGAUCCUGGCUCUUAAUCGGCAUGUUUCAGGAUAUGCCAAGAGAAUGCCAUUGUAUGCAAGUAUGCCUGUAUAGCUGCAUAUUGUGUUUAUGUGCAGAUAUACUUUGUUCAGUGUGUGUUUACACACACUUGUAUAGUGCCUCUCACUACAGUCCUGGGGCACUGUAGAUACAUGCACACAGUGGUGGCCAUAUUAAUACCCUAUUUAGCCUAAUUUGUACUGCUAUUAACAUGUCAGUCUGCCCAAUGAUGGUGUCUGCUGGGUGGGUAUAUUAGGACAGCACUCCAUGAAAUUUCAGCAUGUUACCCUUUGCCUACAUCCAGCAGCCUUAGAAAGGAUUAAAUGGUGCAAGUGUCCCAAGAUCUGGCAUACUGAGACUGUGGCUCUCAAUGGAAUGAUAAUGCCACCUUUUAGAAAGGAUGCCAUUGAGAUUUGUGAAUCCACACGCACUUACUAUGCUGAAGUCUAUUGUAUACAUUCUUAACAAGUGAACUGUUAAGGAAGAUAUACAUAAACCCAUGUGAAGCUUUUAUUGCAAAAUCUCCAACCAGAUACAAGUUAUCUGUGUUUGUAUUUUUGUUGCAAGCUAAAAACUCUCGCUCUAGAUUCAUCCAAAUAUUCACUGGUGUGCAUGAAGUUGGCUCAGUUUGUGAUUUUUUACAUCAAUGCCAAAGUUCCCAAGCAAUGUUCAGUUUCAUGUUUGACUUGAAAUCUGGUGACAUUCUUUGAGUUUUAAUUUGUGCUUCUCAAUCUAUUUAAAUCUAGAUUUAUAGCUAAACUCAUGGGCUAUAAAGUCUGCAUGGAUCCAGGCUGAACAAAAAGUAGAUCCCUCAAACAAGAGAGGUUUGUACCGCUGCAACUUGCAGCAUCUCCUCAGUAGCUUUCCCAUUUUGCACACCACGUACCCACAAUGCAGUUCUGUACUUUGGGCAACACCCCAGUAGCGUCAGUAUUUUUCCUGCAUAUCCACAAACUAGGACCCUAAUGAAACGUGAAUGUUCCUUCCAAGAGAGAAACUUAAUGCUGUGAAGUUCCUGAGUGUUUUGUGUUCUUGAGGAAUGUAAAUGCCAUAUACCCAAAAUAUAUAGGCAUCUCUGUGAGAGUUAGACCGCUAAGCAUCUUUGAAUGACUUAAGUCCCACACCAGUGACAUUUGGAUGAGAAAAGGAACACAUGCAUGUGUUCUGAAUAUUUUUUCAGGUUCCCAGGAGCUUGGAUUUCUUUGUAGUCAUCAGAGACAUCUGGAUAUCCAGAGGAGCAGACAUGUAUCUAGACAAGACCCUGCAAACUAAAGCCACUGGGUUUCACAGCAUAGGUUGCAUAGACUUGAUGUUUAGUGCAUAGAUUUGAUGCUUGACCAUGCAAGCCCAAGUCAUCAAUUCCCCAACCACAUUUCCUGUGUGAAAGCUUUUGACAGCUUCAGUUACUUUAAUGCUGAAUGGCUCAUGCUGGAAGUAUGGAUGGACUGGAAUUUUACUACAAAGCUAUCCAAUUCCUUCUCUCACUGCACAUUUCUGCUUGUGAGAUGCACAGACUCCAUGCAGGUGGCCCUUUUUAACGUUCUACUGGCAAAGUCUUUUGUGGGAAGUUUUAUAAGAUGGAGCUUUCAACCACAUGCCAUAAUUAGUCCAGGUACAACUUUUUGAUAGUUUUUAAUUUAGGUAGAAUGUCCUUUUCUAACCCACCCCAGAUUUUAAAGGCAUUAGUAAUUGCACUCAUUUUUUUAUAAUACAAUGCAAAAGGACCAAGAUAGCAUAGCGCAAAAGCACAAUGUUUGAUUUUAUAUAAUAUAGACAAUACCCUCUGCUGCUAGGAAUCCAUUUUCCCCCAUACUUCUUGCUCUCACUAGUGCUCACAUGAGGGCCCAGCAGCCCUCACCAAGGAUACACCAGGGUGCUUUGCUACCUAUUGCAUAUGUGUAGGAAAAAAAUCACUGCCUCUUUUCUGGGUCCACCACCUCAAUCUAACUAACGCUGCACCUUUGAAUGCACACUCCGCCAGGCCUCUUCCUCAACACAAUCAGUAUCAGAAUGUACCUAACAGUUGUGGUAAAACAUUUGGCCAGCAGUAGCUUAUCUGACCAUCAAAAAACAAAACCAAGUGGCAUGGCAAAGUCUGCUUUUGCAAAAUUUGCAUUUAUGAUAAUUUCUUCAGUGUUCAGAAGUUAAGGUUGAAAUUUUCAAUAGGAAAAAUCUGUUUCUUUGAAAAUCAGUGGAUGGACUGACUCACACUGGCAUAAACUUGUCUUACUCGCCCUUCCUUUCAGACCAAAAUUCACUAUGUGGUAUUCAUACACUUUUGCAUUGUAAAGAAUUUAUUCUCAGUAAUUGUGUUUUGUUUUGUUGUUAAAGAAAAGUUGAUUCUAUUGGCAUAUGACACUUGUGACACCAAAGCCCACAUCCUCAGAAGCAUAUAGCUACUUAACUUAGCUAGUUUUACUUGCUCAUUUGAGAAUCUAGGCUUGACUUUCUAUUUCAAGGCUCUGCCUUAGGCCACAUGAGAGAGAAAGAGAGAAAGUUAGGCAUAAAAAUGUUAUGCUUGACCAGAAGUAACCAAAACAACUGCCAGCUGGAUUGGAAAAAUGUGGGUUAUGAGACAAACCCCCCAAGCCAGAAUCAAAAUGGCUCUUACCUCUUAGAGCCUAGCUCCAUAUAAGAGCAUCCAGCUCUACGCCAACUUAGUAAGAUGAGAAGAGCACUGUUGCUGCAGCAACAUCGCACAUUGGUCAAUGAGGUAUACAGUGUGGGUUUGCUGCAGCAGACUGCAAUAUGGGACUUGGAGCCUGUGACAGGAGCCUCCAGCGUCCUCAUUCAGUUUCCCCAGUUGUAACUGUUUGCGGUUUAUGAUGUAACAAACACUAAUGUAUCCCAAUACCACUUCCUUCUUUCAGUGAAUUGAAAAUAAAGCCAAAGGGAGUAC